GUGUAUAAGAAGCCCAGCACCCAGCCCAAUAUGUCAAAAGCCCAUCUCAUUAGCCGCCCCAACCCUUCCUACUUCGUAGACAAACAACGCAAACCGCGCGCAGGGGGGACGAAGCCUACUGCCGAAACCACCGAAUCGGAAAGAGAGUGCCGACUGCUGAGAGACGCCGCCGGUAGAGAGACGCCGCCGCUGCACCUUCCAGGCAAUCGAAAUGGCCGUGGGAGUUGAAGCAAAAGCCAGCCAAAAAGAUUAUUUAAGGUUGUCUAUUUCUCUGCAAUUUCUCAUCCAGUUUGGAGACAGGUCUACAUAUAGCUGAGCCGAUUACUUGGAAUUGUAUUGUAUGGAAUUUAUAUGGUUUAGGCAGAGAACGGAGAAGCACAAAAAGCAGCGAUUGAUUCAGGGGUACCUUGUUAGGGCAGCAUUCGUCUGCUAUUCGCGGAUUAAGCUCAAUCAGCCUCCGUACAGAUGAUCCAAUGACAUGAGAUCUUGUUGGCUUAUGAGCAGCAGGUUAAAAACAUCCCAAACCUCGAAUCUUUUCUUCUCAAACAACAUAUGAUGGCGCCCCGGUGGAAAGGAAAGGGAGCAGAAAGCAAAGCACUUGCAGAUCCCAUGUCCAGCAUAGUAUCAAAUCUGCACUCUUCUCUACUCCAAUCCAACUCUACGGGAUCACUCGUCGAUUCCACCAUACUCUUCGAAGCCGAUGCAGAAAAAACCGACCUUCUGAACCGGGCUUGUUUUGGCAGACCUAGGAUAACAGCCCAGAAGGUCACACAGUGGUUUGAAUUCAGCCUGGAAGAAGCAUUUUACCUGUGCUGUUCUCUGAAAUGCAUCACUAUUGUGGACCAGAAUCAAUGCCAAAUAAGUGUGAAAGAGCUGUGGGAGCAUAUGACACACAAAAGGGAUAACUUUCCUCUCAUGUGCAAAGCAUAUUGUCAUCUCAGGUCAAAGAAUUGGGUCGUCAGGUCCGGGUCCCAGUACGGCAUAGACUUUGUCGCGUAUCGCCAUCACCCGGCUCUGGUGCACUCGGAAUAUGCGGUUCUUGUUUUGCCGCCAGAAGGAGGCGGUCGUCUGAGAGUGUGGUCUGACUAUCACUGCACUCUCCGGCUCUGCGGCAGUGUCGCCAAGACAUUGUUGGUUCUUUAUGUGGAGGAAAACAACAAUGUUGCUGUCGAGUCGCCGUGGAAUUUGGAUAAUUACGUCGUCGAGGAGAGAAUUGUCACUAGAUGGAGUCCAGAACAAUGCCGUGAAGACAAAGUGGUUAGUUAGCACUUGACCUUCAUAACUGUGCUUUCUCUCUUUAUUUUCUUUCCAUUGUUGAAAGAGUAGAGAGCCUUUUUUGGGGUAAAAACUGGACCUGUGUUUUGGGAUUUUCAAUUUGUAUUCUUUUAAUAGAUUGAAUGAAAGAACAGCUAAAGUGAAAUGGCUUUCCUUCCAUUGUUGUAAGGUGAUACUUAUAGUACAUGUAAUGUUAGACUACUUGAUCAUGUAAAAGGAAGAUGAACAUGAAAUGUAUUUAUUUGUCCCAUUUCAUUGUGAUUCUUGAACAAAGGAGAUUGAGUUUU